AUGGCUGAAUCAGUCGCUUCGACAUCUCUUCUUGGACAUCGACCUCUGUAUACGGGAGCCUUCUUGAAGAAUUUCUCCAACAAGGGGAGAUUUUCAGAUAACUGUCGAUUUCCUCUAGCAGAAAUUCUUGGUAGAAGGGUUGUUAUGGCCCCUCAUUUGCCUCGAUUGAGAGUGGAUCAGUCAAAGAAUUCAUCAAUCAAGGCCCUUGCAAUGGAACUAGCGAAGGAGACGUAUUCAUUCAAGGAGGAUAAAAUUCCCCAGAAGUGGAAUUAUCCUGCUGAUACCAGUGUAGAUCGAAAACCUGGGUUGUGGCCACCGGAGAAUAGAGCAGAUAACCCUUCACUACACAAUCCCUUGCUUCGGCAAGAGCGGAUGGGGAGUGGUUGGCUAGUUGCCAUAUUCGAGUGGGAAGGAGUUCUAAUUGAAGACAAUACUGAUCUUGAGAAGCAAGCCUGGCUAGUUCUUUCUCAAGAAGAAGGAAAAUCUCCUCCCCCAGCUUUCAUGCUUAGAAGAAUUGAAGGUAUGAAGAAUGAACAGGCAAUGUCUGAGGUUCUCUGUUGGUCGAGAGACCCAGCACAGUUGAGAAGAAUGGCUGCUCGAAAGGAAGACAUAUACCAAGCUUUGCAGGGUGGAAUAUACCGAUUCCGAGCCGGGUCAAGAGAGUUUGUGAAUGUCUUGAUGCAUUACAAGAUACCAAUGGCACUGGUCUCUACACGCCCUCGAAAAACUCUUGAGGCUGCAAUGGGAUCCAUUGGUAUUGAAGAAUAUUUCAGUGUGAUGGUAGCUGCAGAAGAUGUUCAAAGGGGAAAACCUGAUCCAGAAAUGUUUGAGUACGCGGCACAACUUCUGAAGUUCAUACCUGAGCGGUGCAUUGUGUUUGGGAACUCAAAUCAAACAGUUGAGGCUGCCCACGAUGCCCGGAUGAAGUGUGUGGCUGUUGCCAGUAAGCAUCCUGUAUAUGAGCUUGCGGCUGCCGACUUGGUGGUUAGGCGCCUGGACGAGCUAUCUGUUGUUGAUUUGAAGAAUCUUGCAGAUAUUGAGUCUGAAUUCGGGUCUGGAGAGCCAGAGUUGGAAAUGGAAGAAGAGGAGGAUCCGUCUCCAUCAACCAGUGUAGCAUUCGAUGACAAUUUCUGGUAACCCUGUAAAAUGUAUAUAUGUUUAUUUGUCAUUUGAUUCUUGAUGUAGUUUUAUAUCGACGAUGCUGUGUAUAAGAAAAAAAAGGGAAAACAAGUGAAAGGGGAAAAAGAUUUCGGGUAGUUUGCAUUGGACUACCUUCCUUAAUGUUAUCAUGUAUCAAUGUAUGUAUUUACUGUACUAUAUAUAUAUAUAUAUAUGUAUAUGAUCAGCACUUGUAAUA